CUUUCCGCAAAGCUCAGGUGCACGCGCGAUCUUGCGAGGCGCGAUUUUCGCGCCUAUUCUAUCGUGCCAGACAUAUAUAGAGACUACAUGUAUGAUUGGGUACGAGUGUGUCGUCCUGCGCUCCCCGCUGCCAGGCCUUGGGUCUGCGGUUUAGCAACUUGUCUCAAAUGCUUUUUCCACUCCUGGCUGUAUCGCUACUCUCAUUGACACCUUGCCUGGUAUCUGGAGCCUUCUAUAGUAUUUCGGAUUAUUUCGUUGGCAAGGGUUUUCUCUUUGGUUUCGAAUUUGAGGCUAUAGAGGAUCCAACGCAUGGACGAGUAACGUACGUCGAUCGCCAUACCGCACUCGCCGAGAACUUGACGUUUGCACGGGGAGAUACGUUCAUCAUGCGAGCGGAUGACAAGGAAGUGUUAUCUCCAACUGGACCGGGGCGCAAAAGCGUUCGUAUCAGGAGUAGAAAAACGUUUACCACUCAUGUCGUUGUAUUUGAUAUAAGACACAUGCCUGAAGGAUGCGGGACAUGGCCGGCAGCUUGGGAGACCCUGGAGGCCGACUGGCCAGAUAGCGGUGAAGUCGACGUCGUAGAAGGCGUAAAUGACGAGUCACCGAAUGACAGUACGCUGCACACCGGCCCCAAUUGUACGAUGCCGGAAAAUCGCACUAUGACCGGUAUCCCAGUGUCGAAUAACUGCGAUGUUGCUGUAAACUUCAAUCAGGGAUGUGUUGUCGAGAACGAUAAACCAAAUAGCUACGGGCCUGAAUUCAAUGCUGCAGGAGGUGGAUGGUAUGUCAUGGAACGCACAGACUCAUUCAUCAGGGUGUUCUUCUGGUCUCGUGAGGACCCGUCCGUGCCAUGGGAGAUAGCCUGGGGUGCUCCUUUCAUUGACACCGAUAAUUAUGGGACACCUGUCGCAUUGUUCCCGGACACGGAGUGUUACAUCCCAAGUCACUUUGGACCGAACAAUAUCAUUAUCAACCUCACAUUGUGUGGCGACUGGGCUGGUCAAGAUGUGAUCUUCCAAGGCGCCGGCUGUCCUGGUACUUGCGUUGACUUCGUCAACAACAACCCUUCAGCGUUUACAGAUGCGUACUGGGAUUUUGCCGCCGUACGGAUAUAUGAGUAACGUACACUUUAACGA